AUGCAGUGUAGUUCAGUUCUCUCACACUCUCCGAGUUUCAACACUUACUCUUCGAGAAAAUUUGCAGAGUUCAGAGCCAAAUCAGAGUCUGAAGUUGAUGAAUGUCAAGAAAGCAAAAAAGAAGAGGAUGAUUUUGAGUUCACUUUUGUUUGCAGGAAAUUCGAUUCGUCUCCGGCCGAUGAGAUCUUUUCCAACGGCCAGAUUAGGCCCAUUUUUCCAAUCUUCAACAGAGACAACUCACUGUACCACCCACUGUUAGGUGAUGUUGACAAUGGGAAUUCCGGUAACUCUAAGCCUCCGACUCGGUCCACUCGGUUUCCUCUGAGGAAACUUUUGACCGACGAGCACGAUUCCUCGUCGUGUUCGUCGUCGGAGGCCGAUGAGCUGGACGGAGCUCCACCGGGAACGUACUGUGUCUGGACCCCGAAAGUGGCAGCUGGGGCCGAGGGGUCGCCGGAGAGGUGGAAGAAGAGCAGUUCGAUGGGAACGUUGAAACGGUGGAAGUUUCGAGACCUUCUCCGCCGGAGCAACAGCGACGGCAAGAACGCUUUCGUCUUUUUGACUACUUCGAAUGUGAAUGUGAAUGGGAGUGAGAAGAAGAGGGACGAGAAGAUUGUUGAGAAAGGCGCGAGGGAGGCGUAUUCGAAGUUUGCUGGAAAAGUGACGGCGAAGAGAGUCGCCGGUGGAAAGGGUGGACUGGUGGCGGCCGCACACGAAGCUCAUUACACGAAGAAGGGAGCCGUGAAGGAGGCAGAUCGACGGCGGUCGUUCCUUCCCUACAGGGAAGAUCUAGUUGGGUUCUUUGCUAACGUGAACGGGUUGAGCAGGAAUCUCCACCCCUUCUAA